GACCGUAGGAGGCAAAUGAUCGAAUCGCGAGGGGUUUCAUUGUACUAGUAGGUAGGCAAGACGUACGGCAGUCAACUCAACCGGGAUGUCAGAUACCCCGCACCCAUAUCCUAUCUGUAUACCGGAGGCGGGUAAGAGGAAGGAAUCGUUCGUUUGAAACCACUGCUCAGGAAGCUACACGCUUCCGAACUCGUGUUGAAUCUAAAGGGAAGUCAAGGACAUUUCACUACAUGGCUUUUUUCGUCGGUGUCAUAACUUAACGCCAGAUUUUUUAUUUUUUUGUCAGUUAAAGCUGAAGGCGAACGUUAUUUUGAAAACAAGACGAGAUGUGAUGCAUCUAUCUGCAGUGCUCGGGAUGCCGAUUAACCCAACACACACUUUACAUGAAGUCAUUUUAUUAUCAAACAGCGUCGAGGCGACGUAAAACAAUCGGUCUCGAUUGAUUGGAGGGUACAUUGUAACAGCAGCUGGCAUUGAGUGCCACUAUUUUGCUCCAUGCCUUCUGGAAAGUGAAGAAUCCUCACUCACUCGUGACCCUAACCACAGAUCAACGGCCAAUAAACUUGAUUUUGGCCACAGACUCCAUCCAUGAGGUCGCCGCCAGAGAUUUAACAAGCUCUCCGUAGAAGACCCCCCCUCCCCGCCCCCUCCCAUCCCCCUCCCACCCCCUUCCUGGAUCCUCUGAUCUGCCCCCCCCCCCCCCUGCCCCCUCGUCCAGACUCACCAUGCUGAUUAAGGAGUACCGCAUCCCCAUGCCCAUGAGUGUGGAGGAGUACCGUAUUGCCCAGCUCUACAUGAUCCAGAAAAAGAGCCGUGAGGAGAGUUGUGGCGAGGGCAGCGGGGUGGAGAUCCUGGAGAACAAGCCCUACAGAGACGGUCCCGGGGGCGCGGGCCAGUACACGCACAAGGUCUACCACAUCGGCAUGCACAUCCCCAGCUGGUUCCGCUCCAUCCUGCCCAAGGCGGCCCUCAGGGUGGAGGAGGAGUCCUGGAACGCCUACCCCUACACCCGGACCAGAUACACCUGUCCCUUUGUGGAAAAGUUCUCCAUCGACAUCGAGACGUACUACAAGUCUGACACGGGAAACCAGCCAGACGUCUUCAACCUGUCUGUGGCUGACAAGAGACAGCGGACUCUGGACCCCAUCGACAUAGUGAAGGACCCCAUCCCUCCCCACGAGUACAAGGCAGAGGAGGAUCCCCGUCUGUACAAGUCGUCAAAGACCCAGCGGGGCCCCCUGCUGGACGACUGGAUCGAGGAGUUCAACAGCGACCCGGGGAAGAGCCCCGUCAUGUGUGCCUACAAGCUCUGCAAGGUGGAGUUCAGAUACUGGGGCAUGCAGUCCAAGAUCGAGCGCUUCAUCCAUGACGUCGGGUUGAGGAAGGUGAUGGUGAGGGCCCACCGGCAGGCCUGGUGCUGGCAGGACGAGUGGUACGGCCUGACCAUCGAGGACAUCCGGCAGCUGGAGCUGGAGACCCAGGUGGCCCUGGCCCAGAAGAUGGCCCAGUUCAGCCAGGGGGAGGAGGGGGGCCAGGCCGAUGGAGAGGGGGCCACUGCCUCUUCCCCGGACAAGAACCAGGAGGCCAAGGACGCCAUGGGCUCCCUGGAGGCCCAGGAGGGGGUGGGCUCGGUAGGGGACUGCCUUCAUGCACGGGGGGCGCUCACCAAGCAGUGGUCCACCUCCUCCAGGUCCUCCCGCUCGUCCAAGAGAGGAGCCAGUCCAUCUCGCCACAGCAUGUCUGAGUGGAGGAUGCAGAGCAUCGCCCGCGACUCAGACGACAGCUCAGAAGAAGAGUUUUUCGACGCCCACGAGGGCUUCUCAGAUAAUGAAGACGUCUUUCCCAAGGAGAUUUCCAAAUGGAACUCCAAUGACCUCAUGGACAAGAUUGAGGCAUCGGAUGCAGAUGAGGCGUCUGGUGAGCUGUACAAAGACAUGACGGGCGAUUACGAGAGAAGUGCCAGCGAGGACAGACUGGAUGAGGAUGGCUCCUCCCAGCAGUGUUCUCAGCCCUCCAAGAUCCACGUCCUGAUCCUGGUGCUGCACGGAGGCAACAUCCUGGAUACAGGCGCCGGGGAGCCCAGCAGCAAGCAGUGCGACGUCAACACCCUGAGCGCUGCGUUCCACGCCGUGAUGCGCGUGCACUACCCCGCUGCCCUGGGCCGUGUGGCCGUGCGCCUGGUGCCCUGCCCUGCCAUCUGCGCCGACGCCUUCUCACUGGUGUCCAACCUGAGCCCCUACAGCUACGACGAGGGCUGUCUCUCCAGCAGUCAGGACCACAUCCCCCUAGCCGCCCUGCCCCUCCUCGCCACAUCCUCCCCUCACUACCAGGACGCCGUGGCAACCGUCAUCCUCCGAGCCAAUCAGGUGUACUCGGACUUCCUGCGAUCCCUGGAGGGGGCCUCCUUUGCCGGCCAGGUGUGUGUGAUCGGAGACUGCGUUGGGGGAAUCCUGGGUUUUGACGCCCUGUGCAGCAGCAACCAGACGGUGUGUGAGAGCCAGAACAGCAGCCGCAGGGGCAGCCUAGUGAGCGUGCAGGACCAGGACCUGCUCUCCCCUGGCAUCGUGAUCAGCAGCGGGCUUGGCUCCACCUCGCCCACCCUGGAGGGCAGCCGCCACCUGAGCCGCAGCAACAUCGACAUCCCACGCUGCGGGGGCGCUGAAGAGCCCCGGAGGCCGCUGCCCCGCAAGAGGAGCGACUCGUCCUACGAGCUGGACACCAUCAAGCAGCACCAGGCCUUCCUGUCCAGCCUGCACUCCAGCAUGCUGCGGAGUGACGCCGUGUCCCGCAGGUCCAGCAGCAGCACCAUGCUGGACGGAAGCUCCCUGGGGAAGUUUGACUUUGAGGUGGCCGACUUCUUCCUGUUUGGCUCCCCGCUGGGUCUGGUGCUGGCGCUGAGGAAGACGGUGAUCCCCUCUCUGGACGUGGCCCUGCUGCGGCCGGCCUGCCAGCAGGUGUACAACCUGUUCCACCCUGCCGACCCCUCAGCCUCCCGCCUGGAGCCCCUCCUGGAGAAGAAGUUCCACCUGCUGCCCCCCUUCAGCGUGCCCCGCUACCAGCGCUUCCCCCUGGGGGACGGACACUCUGCCCUGCUGGUGGAGACAGUCCAGAGCAACCCUCAGCUCCUGCCUGACAGCGGGACGCCCCUGUUCCUGCGUUGCCAGGAGACCAUCAGUGAGACGUGUAUCCCCGUGCCUGUGUUAAACUGGCAGGAGAGCUCCCUCAAGUCCACACCCGCCAACCUGGAGUCGGAUGUUGUUCAGUCUCAUGGUGGUGUCUUCAUGGACAGUUCGUACCCCUCGUCCCCCAUAACGGGGCCCCAGUCUCGGGGGCUGCGGAGGGCCAGUGAGGCCAGCAUUGCCAGCCAGGCCUCAGGAAUGGCAGACAGUUACACUGCCACCAACAUAGCCAACACACAAACGUGCCAAACUAACCAGUCAAAAAAGGUCAGCCUUUUGUCCCAGCUGGCCUUGUCCUCACAAAAUAAGUUCUUCCUGAGAAGUCCACCCAAGUCCCGCAGGAACGCCAGCCCCGCCCCGCCCCCGGGCCCUCAGGAGCUGGGAGCUGGGCGCAAGCAACGGCCAGACCCAGACCUGGAUGCUGGCACUGAGACUAACAGAAGUCUGAGCCCGUCGGGCACGGACGAACCCUGCCUCUCUGCAGGGCUGGAGAACGCCAUGUGUGACCUGAUCUCUCUGGACUCUCAGACUGAAGUGGACGAAGUCGCAGCCCGCUGGUGGGGCACAAAGAGGAUGGAUUUUGCCCUCUACUGCCCCGACGCACUGACGGCCUUCCCCACCGUGGCGCUGCCUCACCUGUUCCACGCCUCCUACUGGGAGUCCACUGACGUGGUCUCCUUCCUGCUGCGCCAGGUGAUGAGGCAUGAUAACUCCAGCAUCCUGGAGCUGGACGGCAAGGAGGUGUCAGAGUUCACCCCGUCCAAACCCAGGGAGAAGUGGCUCCGCAAGAGGACCCACGUCAAGAUCAGGAACGUGACAGCCAACCACCGCAUGAGUGAUGCAGUGUUCACAGAGGGCAACCAGCAGGUGUUGACAGGACGCUUCAUGUACGGACCCCUGGACAUGGUCACCCUGACUGGGGAGAAGGUGGAUCUCCACAUCAUGACUCAGCCUCCGUCCGGAGACUGGGUCUUCUUCGACACGGAGCUGACCAAUAGCAGUGGCCGGGUGUCCUUCAUCCUUCCAGAGGGCAGGAAGCUGGGAAUCGGAGUUUACCCCGUGAAAAUGGUGGUCAGAGGGGACCACACAUUUGCAGACAGCUACCUGACGGUGCUUCCCAACGGAACAGAGUUUGUGGUGUUCAGCAUCGACGGCUCGUUCGCUGCCAGUGUUUCAAUCAUGGGGAGUGACCCCAAGGUCCGCGCAGGGGCCGUGGAUGUGGUCAGACACUGGCAGGACCUGGGCUACCUCAUCAUCUAUGUGACGGGCCGUCCAGACAUGCAGAAGCAGCGCGUGGUGGCCUGGCUGUCUCAGCACAACUUCCCCCACGGCAUCGUGUCCUUCUGCGACGGCCUGGUCCACGACCCCCUCCGCCACAAGGCCAACUUCCUCAAGUCCCUCACAGAGGCUCACAUGAAGAUCAUCGCCGGCUACGGUUCGACUAAAGACAUCUCAGUCUACACGGCCAUCGGUCUCACUUCCUCACAGAUCUACAUCGUUGGCCGGCCGUCCAAGAAGAUGCAACAUCAGUGCCAGUUCAUCACGGAGGGCUACGCAGCCCACCUGUCUCAGCUGGAGUACACCCACCGCUCGCGGCCUGCCAAGACCAGCAGCGCCCGCAUGGUCCUGCGGAAAGGUAGCUUCGGCCUGGGCACCAACAGCGACUUCCUGCGCAAGCGGAACCACCUGCUGCGCACCAUCUCCGCCCAGCCGGCCCCGACCUCACCCACGGGCGUGGCCCACGGGCGGCCGGAGCGCACGCAGAGCCAGUCGGACACGGAGCGCGUGGAGCGGGACAGGCCGGAGAGGAUUCACGGGCAGGGACCCGCCCAGCGCAGCAUGAGCAUGGCGGCCAGCUGCUUUGGACGCAGCGGCAGCACCAAGCUGGAGCCUGGAGCUUUCAACAUGAAAUAGGGAGAGGAGGGAAGGAUGCAUGGGAUGGGUGGAGAGAGGGGGAAUGGAGACUGGUGGAAUGAUAUUGGAAGGGUGGGUUAGCAAAGGGAAUGAGGCGGGGGCAGAAGGUGUGAGACAAACUGAGGGGGGUUGAAGUGAGGUAUUGAGAUGUGCAGGUGCUACAAACCGAUCUUUUCAAAAGCAGCACCGACAAAAACAAUUGACUCUUUUUGGACUUUUUUUUUUUUUUUAUUGACGUAAGACAUAGAACUGAGGUGUUUUAA